AAAUUUACCAAUACUACUAUAUAUAAUGAAACUUAUCUAGAAAUGCCUUAUAAUAUUGUUAAUAUUCCUUAUAAACGUGUUUAUAAAUCUUUAAAUCAACGAAAGGAAUAUGUAAUAGCUAAUAGACUUUCAAAAAAAGCGAUUCAAAUGGGAUUGGAUGUAGGACCAUCAGCAAUACAAGAGUUAAACAGUUUUAUAAAGGACUUUAUAACAAAACACGCAUUAAAGAGUAAUCAAAAAUUACUGCGAAGAAACUCUAAAGAAAAAUCAUCUCGAAGAAACCCUAAAAGAACAUUAUCAGCUAAAACUUAUAAUAUGCAAAGUAGUUCCGAUGAAUCUGACUGUU